AUGGAGACGCCCUACACCGACCACCUGAGCCCGGAGGACUACGAGCAGGUCUAUGAGCCAGCAGAGGACUCGUUCCUACUGCUGGAUGCUCUGGAAAUGGAUCUGCCCUACCUGGAGCAGCUGCAGCCGCAUCUUUGCGUGGAGUUGGGCUCAGGUUCGGGCGUGAUUAUCACGGCUCUGGCCAAGAAACUGGCUGGAUGCUCCCUGUGCCUGGCCACUGACAUCAAUCCCAAAGCCUGCGAUGCCACCCGAAGAACUGCUGCCCGAAAUGGAGCACGUUUGGAGAGCAUUCGUUGCAAUCUAGCUGAUGCACUGCGUCCACAAUCCGUGGACGUGCUGCUCUUCAAUCCCCCCUAUGUGGUGACCAGCGACGAGGAGCUGCAGACGCAGCAGUUCGAUUCCCACAGCGAGUCCUCGACGGAACGCAAUCUGGUCUUCUCCUGGGCCGGCGGACAGGAUGGGCGACGCAUCACGGACAUUCUACUCAAGCAACUGGAUGACAUACUUUCUCCACGGGGCGUUCUCUACCUACUCCUUUUGCGGGAGAACAAGCCGGAGGAGAUUAUCAAAUACUUAGAGGGCCUCGAGUUCCGGGCUGUUAAGUUCAUGGAGCGACGCAUUCCUGGCGAGCAUCUGUACAUACUGAAGGUCACCAGGUCCCCCCCAUCAUCAUGACUCGUGCAAUAAUAUCAAAAUCAAGUUGUAUUUUAGUUAAACGGUAACGAUUAUAAAGUAAAAGUUCAAAUUUGAUACUUAAAUUAAAUAAUACAAGGUACAAUUUUAAUUAAAGUUGAA